AUGUACACUGCCGCCAACCGCUUGCUCGUGGUCUCGGAGCUCUUGGAGCUCGUCUUGCUGGAGCUCGACGGCAGGAGCAUCCUCUGCCGCGCGCAGCGCGUCUGCCAAACCUGGCGCCGUCUCAUUGCUUCGUCGCCGCGGAUCCAGGCCGAGCUUCGCUUCAAGCCCUGGUCUUUCUCCGAAUUGUCGUGGCCACGGCGUGCUUCUCAAGCUGCUUCCGAGCAGGGCAUCGCGCCGGAGGUCGUCGGCCUCUCAUGCCCAGAUCUGAUCGAGCCGCCUUCCGGCCCAGGUCCCUUGCCGUACACGCCUAUCCUCUCGGCAAAGGCGUUAGUCGACAGGCACAAGGGUCUUGGCGCCGCCGAGGCAAGCUGGCGCCGAAUGCUGGUCCCAAGCACAACGCCCAUCAAGUCCAUCGGCCUAGUCACCGUCCGCCGUCGCGCCAACAAUACCGUUGUCACGCGCUCCGGUCGCGCAAUGUGUCCCGAUGGGCUGCGUCUCGGCCACGUCUGGGACGCGCUGCGAGACGGACUCCCCUUCCUGCAGACGGACCUCUGCCUCAUGCGCCUGGCAUGGUGGGCGUCGCACCGGGGUCCGCCGUUUGACGGCAGCACUUUCUACUACCCCGCCGCUGCCGACGUAGCACGACUGUUCGACGAGGGCGCGCAGGUUGUCCUUACCGUAGGCUUCACCGAGGUGCGAGAGAAUGAUGGCUUUUGCGGCAGGCUGGUCGGCGAGUACCAGGCCCUGCGUCAGUGUGAGGACUUUGCACCGCUUAGGUUUGACAUGCGGGAGGUUGUGGCUCGGUAG